AUGUUGUGGUGGUGUUUCUUCAUCUUCUUACUAUCUCUGUUUCAAACUUGUUUUCUUUCCUCUCCUUCUUCUUCUCCCCAAUUAUGUCACCCUGAAGAGAGGUAUGCUUUGCUGCAACUAAAGCAAAAGCACUACCAUGUCCAUCCAUAUCCUAACUACGAUCCUGAUUAUAGCUGGUUCUAUCCAUCUUCCAAAUACCGCUCUCUCAAGUCUUGGAAGUCCAAUACUGAUUGUUGCUACUGGGAAGGCAUAAUCUGUGAUGGCACCACUGGUCAUGUAGUUGGUCUUGAACUCUCUGAUUCAUCACUCAACGGGUCUAUCUAUUCCAAUAGCAGCCUCUUCCAUCUUCGUCACCUUCAAAUGCUCAACCUCUCGUGGAAUGCUUUCGACUACUUCACUCCAUCUGGGUUUGACAGACUCUCAAGGUUAAGGCAUCUCAACCUCUCUGGUAACUCUUUUUCUGGACCAAUUCCAUCACAAAUAUCACAACUCACAGAUUUGUUCUCACUUGAUCUUUCUUUUAACAAUUUUGUGGGCCAAAUCCCAUCUGAAAUCUCAAGGCUAACUAAGUUGGUUUUCCUUGACCUCUCUAGUGAAAGGACUACUAUCACUUCUGAAGGCUACUUUACAGAAAUGUAUGAAUACCAACAGCUUGAAAUCCCUAAUUUUGGAGGAUUUGUUCAGAACCUAUCUAGCUUGAAAGAAUUGCAUCUUGAUAGGGUGAACUUAUCAGGUCCAAAAAAUAGGGACUGGUGUCAUCAAUUGUCAUCUGCACUCCCUAACCUUCAUGUGUUAUCUUUGAGUGAUUGUGCACUUACAGGCCCUUUGGAUGCAUCGAUCUCAAGCCUUCGUUUUCUCUCAGAGCUCUACCUUGGAUCUAACCAAGGCCUCUUCUCCAUUGUACCAAGUUCUUUGGUGAACCUCACUUCAUUGACUGUCUUUAGUAUCUGGGGUUGUGAUUUCUAUGGAGAUUUUCCAAGCAAUGUUUUCCUUCAACCUUGGGUGACACACAUUGACUUAUCUGAUAAUCUUCUCCUCUCAGUUCAUUUGCCUGAAUUCCUCCAAAUCAAUAAUACCCUUCAAUAUCUUUGUGCUGAUGGAACGGAUCUCCAAGGGAAAUUGCCAAGUUCAGUUGGGAAUCUCAAGUCUUUAAAGAUACUAAGAUUCUCGGGAUGCAACCUCUUUGGACUAAUCCCACCUUCUCUUGCAAACCUUACCCAUCUUACUGCGUUGGAUCUUUCAUUCAACAAUUUAAGCGGUCAAAUUCCAUCCAUUUUCAAAGAGAGCUUUUCUAAUCUUGAGGUACUACGGUUGGGUAAAAAUUUGCUUCAAGGGCACAUCCAUUCUUAUUUGUUUUUUCUCCCAUCAUUGCGUAUACUAGACUUGUUUCUGAAUAGAUUCAGUGGUGUCAUAACUGAACCUAUUCACAACAUUUCUUCUUCCUUUUCUAGUCCACGUGUAUUUGACUUUGACUUGGGAGGUAACUACUUGAAAGGAGAAGAACUGAUGAGACCAAUUUCCAAAAUCAAAGGAACAUUCAAGUCCCUUGAACUCUCAUUCAAUGACUUUUUCAAUGCUAGCGGUGACUACUUUUUCAAUGCUCAAAUUCAUGAUUUGGGGAUGAGGGUUUGCAAUCUCAGUAAAUUCCCAAACUUCCUCAGGAACCAAAAGGAAUUGACUUCGCUAGACCUUUCUAGUAAUAGAAUUGAUGGUGCAAUACCCAAAUGGAUAUGGAAAUUGCAGAAUUUGUCAUCACUAGACCUUUCUAACAACUCGUUUACAGGUCUGGAAUUGCCAUUACCUACUAAUCACUCCUUCAACAUUAUAUCUCUUCAUCUUGGCUCAAACAUGAUACAUGAUUCUCUUCCAAUAGCUUCAUGCUCUCCCCAAACAUUCAAUCAAUCUAACAGUGAUCAAUUUGUGUCUCCAAUCUUAGGGAAUCUUACGUCCCUUUUCUCCAAAGCUGCUCUUUACUUUUCAAUUUGA